CCGCCGCCGCCCAAAGCUCGCCGCGCCGCUUCCCUCUCACAGCCUCAGCGCCUCGCUCUACUCCGACAUGGCAAAAGUAUCCAGCCCUACAGAGACCGAGCGGUGCAUCGAGUCUCUGAUUGCUGUUUUCCGGAGGUAUGCUGGAAAGGAUGCUAACUGCUCUACACUGUCCAAGACUGAGUUCCUAACCUUCAUGAAUACAGAACUGGCUGCCUUCACAAAGAACCAGAAGGACCCCGGUGUCCUUGACCGCAUGAUGAAGAAAUUGGACACGAACAGUGAUGGGCAGCUAGAUUUCCAAGAAUUUCUUAAUCUCAUUGGCGGACUGGCAGUAGCUUGCCAUGAGUCCUUUAGCCGUUCCCAGAAGUGCCGCUGAGGAGCCCUCGGCGCUGGCCUCCAGACCUACCCCCUUUCCUUCCGGCUUCCCGAUCAUCACCAUCCCCUCACGGACCACAUCUAUCCCAAGCUCAGUGCAACUACUACCCCAUGUAUGUCCCUCCUGCUGGUAAUAAUAAAACUUUUUUUUUUUUUUUAAA